CAGAAGUAUGGAAUAUUAAUUAUGCAUUAUGCAUGAGUAAAUAUUGUAUAAUGUAUAUUGUAUGAAUGCACCAGGAUUUAAAAACUAAACUUACCUGAGAUAUAAACAGAUAGAAGGAUGAAUUCUCGUAUCUCUGACCUACGUCCUAUGCAGGGGGGAGUAAGUGGAGUUUAUGGAACGGAUGGUAUUUGUGCCGUCCUACUUCCUCUGUCUAUUCUAGUUCCUGGAGUACGCUCAGAUCUCAGUAUAAUCAGCUUAUCCUUAUCCCUAUCCUCUCUUCUUCUAUACAUUCUAGACUACAGGCCUACAGGUAGUUCUGCUGCAUUCUCCUUACUAAGUUUCCUCCCAGCCUGGCUCUGCAUAGUUCUACUUCCUGAUCUUCAAACAGAUUCAAGAUUCAGGUUGUAUUUAUGUUUCUGGACUGUUCUAGUUUACAGGCCUGUGUUCAACAAUAUUGUCUCUAGGUUUAAGAAAAGUUUUACGUUUGGUGAGGCAUGCAUUGUAGUGCAAGGAGGAAUAUUAGCCGCUUACACGUUCAUUAACAGGUUGUACAUGCAGGGUGUGUUCCGAAGAAUAGAAUUGGCUAAACAGGUUGUAAAAUGGAUAGAUUGGUUUAUAGAUCAUUACUCUACACCUUCCUCAAUCCUCCUAAUCUCCAGUUGGAUAGUGCUAGGUGUACUGUCGGUUUGUGUUGUUGUUGUUUACAAACACAAGGGUUGGCCUGUACACUCUAGAACAAGGAAACUGUUUCAUCUUGCGGUCAUUCUUGUAUAUGUACCAGGAUUGAUUGUUAACCCUGAUCUACUGUAUAUCGCUAGUCUAGGGGCUACAACACUAUUUAUUAGUUUAGAAGCUCUAAGGUACAGUGGAAAGCUGCCUAGGCUGACCCGUCCGCUCACAGCUCACCUGGAACACUUUGCAGACAACAAAGAGGGUAAAACUUGAUAUGAUUAACAUUUA